CUGCCACAGAACUGGUCAGCACUCAGCUCACAAAACCACACACACGACACGACACGACAAGACACACGACACAUGACACUCACACGGAAAAAACCACGACCCCAUGGACCCCUUCCUUGGGUCAGUCAGUCAUGCCGUCUUGUGCUCAUCCUCCAUCCUCACAUAGUUGACAUUGUCGGUCGUCAUGUGGGUGUGGUCCACGGCAGUGGGGUACACGGCCGUGGGGUAGCAGUGCGGAUCAUGGUGCGAGUCCCCCCGCGAGUGGGAAUGGCUGAGGAGAUGCUCGUCCAGGUGCUCCACAUCGACAGCGUCCAUCGAGUACUCCCUUGACCGAGGCGGCCGGCCGCGUAGUGAGCUGGGCGAGGAUGUGAAGGCGAGGGCAUCUGGGCUGCGGGUGAUCUUGGGUGAUGCCUGGAUGGAAUCGGUCCGCGGCUUGGCGUGGGCGAGGGCGUCUGCCUCGUUGCGGGGUACCAGGACAAUCAGAGGCGAGUAGACGGCCAGGGCGAAGAGGUAGAUAAAGGCCGUGAUCAUGAACGUGUACCGACUGACAACGACCACACCAGACCAGAGACAGACAGACAGACCGAUGGAUGGGUGGAUUGAUGGAUGGAGAGGAGAUGAAUGCGGCUCCUGAUUGACUGACAAGUGUGUGUGUGUGUGUGUGUGAAGAUCUCUCUCUCACUAGUCGUGCGAGUCAGCAAGCAUGCCACCAAUGAAGGCGCUGCCACUCCAGGUCAUCAUUGUCAACGACUCGACGGCAUUCCUAAUUACACCCGCACACACGCCCCGCCCCAUCACGCCAUCAAGACACAAACUAGUGCCCAUCCUCCAACUUGCUCACCAUUUCCCCCGGUGCUUGCUAGGUGUGUAGUCCAUGAGGAUCGACCGAUCCAGCGGGUUGCAGGCGUUCUGGAAUGCGCCACGGACGAGGAACAGCACGAUGAGCGACGGCAGAUGGUACACUUGGGACAUGAGGAAUAAGCAGGUGCAGCCCGCCAGCUGCCACAUGAGUGAUGCGUGUGCCCGGCCCAUCUUGGUGCUGAGCUUCUGCGCGAGCUGCAUCCACAGGCCGAUGCAGGGGGGAUAGAUGGCCGUCAGGAUGCACACGUGCAUGGGGGUGAAGCUGCACACAACACCGGCAUGGCACAGACAUGAGUAACUAAUACCACUGACUGCAGUGCAGUGGGCGGGAUUGUCUUCUCAUUUCUGUCCACCCGUAGUCGUUUUUGAAGAAGAGAGGAAAGUACUUGACUGUCAUUCCCGCGCCGAUGCACAUGAUGAAGUCACAAAAGGCCCUGCAGACACAACACAACACAACACGCAGACAGACACAAUGAAGCAAGCAACAAAAAAUACAUGGCUGAGCGGAGCCGAGCCACCUAUCUUGUCUUGUCUUGUCUGUCUGCCCUGCGCAGUGUGGUGUGUUGCUCACUCCUCACACGAUAUAAGGGAUGCAUCGCUGUGCCGGUGUGAGAUUUUUGAGCAGCUCAGAGUCAUCCACAUCCUCCUUGUUGGCCUCCCCCGCUGCAGCAGCCGCUAUUCCCUUAUCUCCACUGGCCCCAGCCUCGCCAUUCAUGGCGACCAUGUGGUUUUCAUCGCUGCCUCCACCAUCACCUGCACCCCCAGCCCUCUGCUUGACGCCCGCCGCAUCACUCGACAUUGACGCAAAUGUCGACCCCGUGGUGCCAUUGCCAUUCAUCGAGGUGCUCGAUGUCGCCUCAUUGCUCUCGUUUGUUGCGGCUGCCGUGGCGCCCUUCACCCACGGCCUGGGGUGCCGAUAGAAGGACGUGCAUAUGCAGCAGAGGGGGGCGAAGAUGAUGGUGCCGAUGACCAGCGGGAUGUGGCAGAUGGACAGCGACCACUUGUCGCCAAAUGCCAGGAAGAAGACACACAUCAUGGCCGGCCCCACCCCGAGCCACACAGUGGUGAGGAUCCCCUUGUAGGUGAAGAGCUUCGAGCGCUGCCCGCGGUCGACAGAGUCGGCGAAGAUGGCCUCGGAUGAAGAGGAAAACAGCUCGGCAAAGACCCCCCAGAGAAGCAGGUUGAAGUAGAUGAGAUAGAUAGAGUCGGUCAGCAGUGCGUAGGCUCCACUGACGGUAGCCACGAGGCCGAUGAUGCCACUGGCCUUGGCGAGCAGCGUCCUGUCCAAUCUGUCGACCAGCAGCCCCACAGGGACUGCGCAGAUGAGCGACGUCAGACCGCUGAUGGACUCGGCGAAGCCAACAGCUGUGUGAAGGACACAACACGGUGGGCGGGACACAUCUGCCUGAGAUGUUUGCACAGCACUCAUUGUCUGACUGUGUGUGAAUGCUUGCCUCUGUUGGCCUUGGCCUCGCCCCAGAUGCUGCUCGACAGCAGAUAGAGGUACGUGUCUGCAGAUCAUCGAUGGAUAACGCAAGACAAACACAACAAAACAGCGCAGCGCAGAUCCUUGCCACCGUUGGUUGCUGCACUCAUGGUUUUGCCACAAUCAAUCUUUUCCUCCUCACCGAAGAUGCCUCCUUGUGCCGUGGCAUAGUAGAGAGUCGACAGGGCCGACACGGCGAAUGUCAGCCUGACAUUGAUGCGCCGGUUCUUGGCGUACAGCUCGGCGCGCGAGAACGAAGCUGCCAAAGGCAGCAUCGGGACCACAAAGCAAUGGGAGAGAACGCUUCGUCGCG